AUGUGUGCCCCCCGGUGCUUCAGCCACACCCAGCUCCUAGACAGUAUCCUAGGGCUGGGGGCACUAGGAGUGACAAUUCGAACAGUCUUCUCAACCGCUGGCCUAGCCCUGCUGCUCCUGCUGCUGGUCAGCUUCCUUGCUUUUGACCUGCUCCAUGGGCCUACAGGUACCACCUUGCCACCACACAGACUUCUCCCAGUGGGUCAGAGCCAGGGGGCUGGUGAAGGUCCAGGACAGCAGGCAGUUCCCCUCUUCCUAACAGGGACAGUCACCGGACUGUUCAGCCUCCAGGAUGCACUGUUCCUGCUCUUGCUGGGCCUAGGCCUGUUCUUGGGAGGCACUGGUAUACCAUUAACCCUGCUGGGCCUGGCUUUCUGUCUCCAUCCAUGGGCCUGAGUAUCCU